AGUUAGACUCUGCCAGUGGGAAGUAGCCGGACAGCUGUUCGUACAACUGGAAACAAGCCUCUGGAAACAAGAAAUGUUUUCGGCAUCCUGAACGGUAAUACACAACUUCAGCAGCCUGGGACAGGGGUAUGUUCAACACAGGAAGAUGGUGUUAUAAAAGCAGGAAACCGAUGGAGCUGCAAACACGUGGCGCACAUUGACAAGUUUAGACGCUCUGUUUCAACUUCAGGGAGGUGUCAUAGCACAUAAAGGUCUGGACAGCUACAUGUCACCUGUGUGUUCACGAUAUCAAGUUACAUGGAACUUAAUCUCAGGGAUCAGGGAAUUCCACCACUGUGUAUUCUUCAAUACCAAGCAAUGCUUUCUACAUGUACCAGCACUCCUUGUAUAACCUUAACGUUUAACAUGUAACAGUAAGGUGACAUAUAAUCUUGUUAGCAAAGUUGAGGAAGAUUGUAUCAUAAACCGACACGUGGCAGACACCUGGCACAUACAGGAGCUGAAAAUAUUAAACAGCUGCAAAACAUGGUGAUAUAUUCCUAGACAUGUAUUUAUGACAGAUGUGAAACAAAACCUUGUGAAACAUUUGUGUUUACAUGCAACUUGGAACUCAGUAAUGUAAGGAGCUUGUCAAAUAAGACUAGUCUGAGCAAAUAUGUAUGGCAGAUACCAUAAUCAUGUUGGUAUAUUUACAUAUUGUCAGGUUAUCUAUAUUUGGAAAGAUUGAAGUCUGAUAGUCUGGAUGUACUGGACUGUUGUGCACUUGACUUAUCUCAUUGUCAAUUAGAGUCAAUUACUUUGUCAAUUAGUAAUUACCUUUGAUUGGCAUCAGUUGUCUGCAGUCUAAGAGAUUCUAAUGAUCAAGUCAAGAAAUACCAGCAUCGUAAACAUGGCAAACAUGUCAGAUACUACAACAAAACAAGGUGAUCCUGAUUUCACAAACCUCAGUAAUGGGAGAAACGUAUCCAUAACCAUCCAAGAAGGGGAAAGUUACAUCUCCGUCAAGCCGGCUGGAGAAAAGCAGCCUGAUGAAAUCAGAGUCCUUGGAGUAUCCCUUAGUGGCCUGCCAAGAGCUGGGCAGUUCUUGGUCUGUGUGGGCGGAGUCUUCUUCUUCUAUCUCAUGUAUGGCUAUGUGUUGGAGCUGAUCUUUAGGCUGGAGGGAUUUAAGCCCUUUGGUUGGUACCUCACACUUGUGCAGUUUGCCUUCUACUCUGUCUUUGGUGCUGGAGAACUGCAGUUCAAGGCAGACAAGACAAGAAGAAUUCCCAUGAAAACCUACUGUGGUCUGGCCUUUCUGACAGUGGCUACCAUGGGCCUGUCCAACUCUGCAGUGGGUUAUCUGAACUACCCCACCCAAGUCAUUUUUAAAUGCUGCAAACUCAUACCUGUCAUGAUUGGAGGGGUGCUCAUACAAGGUAAAAGGUAUGGAAUGAUUGACGUGACGGCCUGUCUCUGCAUGACGUUUGGUUUGAUUUUCUUCACUCUGGCUGAUGUGGAGGUGCAGCCCAAUUUUGACACCCAUGGUGUGGUGCUGAUCUCCCUAGCGCUGGUGGCAGAUGCAGUAAUUGGAAAUGUGCAGGAAAAGACCAUGAAGGCACACAGUGCAUCCAACACUGAGGUGGUGCUGUACUCCUAUAGUGUAGGGUUUGUUUACAUCUUGGUGGGAUUGCUGGUGUCAGGAGAACUCCUGGAGCCAAUCCGCUUCUGUGCACAGUACCCAGGCUACACCUAUGGGCUAGCAGCAGCCCUGUCAGUUACCGGCUACGUGGGGAUCAACUUUGUGCUCACCCUGGUCAAGUCAUUUGGAGCUUUACCAGCUGUAACAGUAACAACCUGUCGGAAGGCAGUUACUAUCAUCCUGAGCUUCAUCUUCUUCACCAAGCCAUUCACUAUGCAAUAUGUGUGGUCAGCGCUGCUGGUCACUGCAGGAAUUCUGUUGUCAACAUACAGUAAAAACCAGCUGAAAAUGGAUGCAUUGAUCCAGCGUUAUGUUCUCCACCCACUCUUUACAAGACAAGGGAGGUCCAGUGAAAAGACUGAAUUUGUCUAAACAGACAUUACAAGAAACAUCUCAGAGUUCAUUUUCCUGCCCUAAAGUGAAGUGUAGACAAAAGAUUUUAACAUGGACAAAAACAUUCCAACAAACAUGAAAAAUACCUUCAUCUUAACAGUGAUAACGUCUUAACAAUGAAGGAAAUGUGAUACUGUAUCAGUUGGUUGUUCUUUGUCAUAGAGAUCAUCAUCAGAAAAAAAUUGAAAUGUUGUGGCCUUAGACUUGCCCUUGAUUCUGCAGCUAGUUUGUCACUAGGAAGGUUAUUGCAUGAGGCACUCCCCAGGACCUGGUGGAAGAUAUGCUGCAGCAGUGGUUUCCACAAGCAAUGUCACUGAAGCACAAGUUCAUUAUUAAUGGUGAGGUAAUGGGUAUUUGCAAUACAUGUACAAGGGGGUUGUAAAUCCCUACUUCUGGAGUUGCAUGUAUAGAGCACAUACAUGUACCCAAAAUGUACACUCUAGUAGAUUGGCUGGGUGAUGAGUUGUUUUUAUCUACAAAUGUAUCAACAAUUGUUGACGAAGUCAGCUGUCAACAAAAAUACUUGACUAUAAUACUAACUGUUGACUGCCAUUUGGCCUCAGCUGUUAUGGUAAUUGGGAAUGUCAAGGAUUUGUGGUCUUGUAGUUUUUUUUUAAGAAUAGUCACUGUGGUAUCUGAGGGAUGUUAGUUAAAGUUGCAGAUCUUUAUGUUGCAUACUCCUAGUAUUUCUCUUUAGGCACAACUACAUUUGUACAAAUGUUCAUUUAAGUGUUGUACACACAUACAUAACCUUACUGGUAUGUGUACUUUGUUAGCUGUAUAUGGUGCUGCUAUGUUUGGUUUCUGUUCAAGACCAACCAGGAAGAAAGUUUAGGUUCUAUAAGGUCCAAAUCGUGAAUCUUGUUAUUCAACGUUUAGAGACUGUUUACAUGCAGUAUGUUUGGCUAAUGUUAGUUUUUGUCAUAU